UUGAGUGACUUGCUGGCUCUUCACACGGAGCUCCUCCAUGUUUAUUCUCGCGAUAGUUCAUAGUCAGUUCAACACGUCACACGGAGACAGAACUGAAGAAACAUGGCGGAGCGGAGGAAGCAGAAGAAGAGAAUCCAGGAGGUUGGUGAACCAACCAAGGAGGAGAAGGCAGUUGCCAAAUACUUCCGCUUUAAUUGCCCUACCAAAUCCACAAGCAUGAUGGGCCACAGAGUGGACUACUUUAUAGCUUCAAAAGCAGUAGACUGUCUUUUGGAUUCUAAGUGGGCAAAAGCCAAGAAGGGAGAUGAGGCCUUGUUCACUACCAGAGAGUCUGCCGUGGAUUACUGCAACAGACUCCUGAAGAAGCAGUUUUUUCAUCGAGCCCUGAAAGUAAUGAAAAAGAAGCCAGAAAAGGAAUUGAAGAACGAGAAGGAUAAAGAGAAAGAAAAGGAAAAAAACAAGACUGACAGCAAAGAGGAGGAGAAAAAAAACAAGAAGGAAGUGGCCAAGGAGGAAAAGAGCAAGAAGGAGAAAGACAAGAAUGAGAAAGACAAGAAGAAAGAAGCAGAAGUAGCAGAGGCCAAAAAGGAGAAAAGCGAUGAAAGUCCAGGAACACCAAAGAAGAAAAAAGAGACCAAGAAAAAAUUCAAAUUGGAGCCACAUGAGGAUCAGAUCUUCCUGGAUGGAAAUGAGGUGUAUGUUUGGAUUUAUGACCCAGUUCAUGUUAAAACCUUUGCCAUGGGGCUGAUAUUAGUUAUUGCGGUGAUAACAGCCACCCUUUUCCCUCUCUGGCCUGCAGAAAUGCGUGUGGGUGUCUAUUAUUUGAGUGUGGCAGCUGGUUGCUUUGUUGCCAGUAUCCUCCUUCUUGCAGUGGCUCGUUGCAUUCUGUUCCUCAUAAUCUGGGUGUUGACGGUAGGCCGCCACCACUUCUGGUUCCUGCCGAACCUGACGGCUGACGUUGGAUUUAUCGACUCCUUCAGACCUCUUUACACCCAUGAGUACAAGGCACCUCGAUCAGACUCUAAGAAACCUAUCGACGACAAAGCAGAGGACGCGGUAAAGCCCCAGAAAUCGGACAGCGAGGAAAAGUCAGAUAGUGAAAAGAAAGAAAAAGAGGCUAUGGGCGAGGGGGAGGAUGAGGACGGGAAAGCCCCAGGCAGCUUAGCGGCAGAGGGGUCGGCCGGGGAGAGACAGUCAGACACGGACAGUGAUCGCAGAGAGGAUGACGGUUCACAGCACAGCAACGGCAACGACUUCGAGGUGAUCACCAGAGAGGAGCUGGAGCAGCACACUGACGAGGGGGAUGCUGAGGAAGAGGGCGAGUACGAGGAGGAAGAGGAGGAAGAGGAGGAGGAGGAGGAGGAUGAUGAGACAAAGCCUUUACAUAAAAAAACAUAAAAACAAAUCCUUCCGCUGUCAACGAGGACUACUGUGAAUAAUGUACAGGAGAGGCUUUUCUAUGUUGGUCAAUCAUUCUACACUUGGUAACUUUGUUUUAAACAAAAAGCCUUAUUAUGAGCUCCAGCCACUGCCAAAACAUUCUCGCAUUCUUGAGUUCCAGUGGAGUUUUUUCCCUAUUAUUAUUAUUAUUAUUAUUAUUAUUAUUAUUAUUAUAUAUAUAUAUAUAUAUAUAUAUAUAAAAAAAAAAUUUCAGAAUACAGCAACUGGUUUAGAGUGGCAGAACGUACACUUUAUGUUUGACACUGUUACUCACUCUGUAGUAGCCAGAAGCUUGUAUCAGGAUUUUCAAUCUGUUCCAGUGUAUGCAAAGGUUUCCUGCAUGUGUUUGUACAACUGGAAUUUUCAAGCUAAAUAAUUGAAAAACCUUUAUCUGGUAGCUGACACUAUACAGAUGACAUAUGAAGCAAUUAAACUUUGCAGGUAGUGGCACCCGGUGGUUUGGGGAUUUUUAAGGGCCCUAUAGGUUGAACCGUUAACUGCUUAAUAUGCACACAAUUGGUUUACAGUAUCAAACUUAACAACACCUAAUGCAAAGGACUCCCAAAACAUCUUGUGCGCUUCUAAAAGUCAUCCUUCAAGUCUUUUUUAAGAAUGUGUUUUUUGUCCCCAGCAGCAUUUUCUAGUUGUAUUUAAAACCAUAAUUAAAAGCAGUUUGUCCUUAAAUACCAUGUGUAAUACAACCUCCUGUCUCAAAUGAUUUAUCACCAAUGAAAGUGAUGUCUGUGUAGAAGCAGUUUACUUGUAUAUCUUGAUGUUAAAAAAAAAAAAAAAAAAAAAAAGUCUGUUAGUCAGUUACCAACAUAGGAAAUCUGAUUUCUUUGUACAUCAUUACAUUGACUUUUCCAUCUCCAGCAUGAUGCAGCCCGCUAAUGCUGGGAGCAAAUCUGGUAAACUAAGGACACAAUAAUAUAAAACAAAAUAUUGGGAAGAUUAAAAUGAGGGAUGAUUAUAUAUAAAAAAAGAUUGUUUCUUUAUGAACUUUUUAGUUUAUAAAGUGUUCUAAAAUGAAAUUGGUUCUCUUGCAGAUCAGUGCUAAUGCAAAUACAGAAUUGUGCCAAAACAUCAGCAGUUACUAAAUGCAUGUAUUCUUUAUUUUAAGUUGUUUUAAAAAUGCUUUUUUAUAUAAAGAAAUACAAAAUAUA